CUGAAAAUGAAUAAAGACAAGCAGAUCGAUGACGACGAUGAUGAUGACAGCGACCAGUUUGAAGCCUUUAUGGAGAAUUUUAACCAACUUGAACUGCUGGAGACACACCGGCAUUUGAUUCCUGUGGGAACUCAGAGCUGUUGGUCAGGGCAGUCUGAUGAUGACGAUGAUGAACAGGAAAGAAGUGAGGAAUGGUAUGAAAUGCAAGAAAAAAAAAUGGAAAAACAUCCGGAGAAACUGCUACUCUGGGCAGCCGAAAACAAUCGGCUGAGCACAGUGAGGAGGCUCCUCUCCGCAAAGCUGGCUCCGGUUAACGCGCGUGAUGAAGAUCAGUACACACCUCUCCACCGAGCUGCCUACAGCGGGCACCUGGACAUUGCCUACGAGCUGGUUGCCCAAGGGGCGGACGUGCACGCGCAGACGGUGGACGGCUGGACGCCUCUGCACAGCGCCUGCAAGUGGAACAACGCGGACAUGGCCGCCUUCCUGCUGCAGCAGGGCGCGGACAUCAACGCCCAGACCAACGGCUUGCUGACGCCCUUGCAUAUUGCUGCAGGGAACAAAAACAGCAGAGAAACCCUGGAACUCUUGCUGAUGAAUCGCUACGUGAAGCCAGACCUCAAGAACAACCUGGACGAAACGGCCCUUGACAUUGCCAGGAGGACUGACAUCUAUCACUACCUUUUUGAAGUAGUAGAAGACUGCAUAAAUGCCGUUUCCCCUUAG